AUGGCUCUCAUGAAGCUAGGUGACAAGAUGUCUCUGCAGAUGAAGGGACAAGAGUUGACUGAGAAAAACAAUGGCUUUCUCCAAAAUAUUGAUGCAAACGAAGGUUCAAUGGAAAAUUUGCUAAGGAAGUUUACCAAAAUGGACCACAUCUUGGACAGAUCAGAUGAUGAGGACAACAUUGUCUCUGAAAACCCUCAAACUGACUCCCUUCAAGAGGAUAUGUUGGAGCUGGAGGCCGAGCGCGAGAACCUGCAGAAUAAACCGGAUGAGCAAGAAACACAUCAUGUUCAAUGUGAGGAUCCUCAAGUGUCCACAUCUUUGCGGUUUUCAGAGGAGAACAUACCUGGACUGAGUCAGGGGAAUAUGCUCUUCCAGCUGAACCACUGGAGCACACAGAUGGGUCUACAGGUUAAAGAACUCGGAGCUGAUCACAUGGGCUGGAUGAAGAAAAUUAACAACAUUAUACAAAAAACUAACCGAACAGAAAACACGGUGAAGAGCUUAUUAAAUGAAGUGAUGUCAUUGGAGGACCAAAUUGAAAAGCUGGAGUCACACCAGGACCUUGACCCUGAUCAGGGGGUAAACAUCGAGGAGAAGAUCAUGGAAAUUAAAACGCAAUUAGAAGAAAUGGAUAACAAAUCUGUCCAGGUUGAUACUUGUAAUGAAGCUCAUGAAUUAAAGGAGAAACUCGUUGCAAAAAUAAAGAACUUUUGCAAGGACGUGACUGUGCUGGAUACAAAGCUGGGGAUGUACCAAAUGCACAAAGAGAAUACAGAUUCUCAGAGUUCUGAAGAAACGGGCAUGGAAGAAAUGGAGCCCCUGAUUCUUCAGGCUCCACCACCCCCUUCAGUGCAGAACUCUCCUCCUCCCAUUGCAAUGUGGAAACGUGCACUGAGGAUUUUCAUCAUGUUUUAUGUCCUCGCCUUCACUGUACUUUCAUGUUACGUACUAUUUUUCGAUGCUACAUUUAUCUUUGAAAGGGUGCUCCCCACAAUGCUUGGGCGCCGCAGAAUGUGGGAACUAAGGGAGAUGAUCACGCCUUUCUUAAAUUUGGAGGUGGAAGACUUGUUACCCUCCUAA